CUUCACCCUACAUUAGUCCUCUGUGUGAUUCCGUCGGCAAGUCCAACUGUACUUUGUACGCAGUGGGCUCGCCAGACAGCGCCGAAAACAAAACGACGACUGCUCUGCUUCCCCCCUCGCUUCCCUUUCCUCUCAACCUUUCCCUUUCUCCGCCACAUCCACUCCCAAGCUGCUAUAUAUACACUUCAACUCCAAGAAACAGACUGCCGAUGAACUCCCGCAAAUCAGAACAAAAGAAAUGAGAGCGGAGAGGAACCAGGGAAGCUGCGUGACGAUUCGGUGUCUUCCUACCGUCUCCGUCUCUCGAUACUCCAAUGGAUCCUCCUCUUCAGACGAUGUAACUUGUGGUUCUCCAAGAUGGAUUGGAAGAGGACUUUCUUGUGUAUGCAUCAAACGAAAAGAAGUUUAUGAGCGCGUGUGCGUCAAUCUAACUCCAUCACAGGAGGAAAGGCUGAACAGAUUGAAGCACCGAAUGAAUGUGUACUUUGAUCCAUCUAGGCAUUGUCAUCAGGAAGCUCUGAGAGCUCUUUGGGCUUCUACAUAUCCAAAUCAAGAGCUUCAUGGAUUGAUCUCUGAACAGUGGAAACAAAUGGGUUGGCAGGGUAAAGACCCAUCAACUGACUUCAGGGGAGGUGGAUUUAUAUCGUUGGAGAACCUGCUCUUCUUUGCUAAAACAUUUUCUGGAUCAUUUCAGAGGCUACUGAAUAAGCAAGGUGGUAAGCGAGCAGCUUGGGAGUACCCUUUUGCUGUAGCUGGUGUCAAUAUCACUUUCAUGAUCAUGCAAAUGCUAGAUUUGCAUUCUUCAAAGCCAAGAACAUUUAUCAGAACAGUUUUCAUCCAAAUGUUAGCAGAGGAUGAAUGGGCCUUCGAUUUGCUGUACUGUGUGGCCUUCAUGAUCAUGGACAAGCAGUGGAUAGAAAGGAAUGCCUCUUAUAUGGAAUUCAAUGAAGUUCUCAGAUCAACUAGAAUUCAGCUGGAGAAAGAACUUCUGCUUGAUGAUGUGAUGCGGAUCGAAGACAUGCCAUCCUACGGCCUCCUCUCCUAGUGAUGGGAAGUUGUCAUAAUAGCCCUGACAUCAACUGUAUAGGCUGUUUCCCCCCUUUUUAAAAACAAACCCUAUUCUUCUUGUUAACAACCUUCAGGGGCCUUUUUGACAAAUUUGACAUGAACCAUGACCUGAACCCAUUGUAAAAAAUGUUUCAAACAUUGGCCUUGAAAUCUAAUAUUUGUGCUCCUUUUCUAAUUCCUCUUCCUUUCGACACAAGAUAAAGCCAUGUAGUAUCUGCAAAGCAAUGAAUAAGCAGGUUCAUUGAAACCAUCAACAAUUUGAAGUUCUUUCUAAUUAAAUAACUUGUUCUCAGUUUGCAUCAAAAUCUAACAUAAAGCGUCGCAUAUAAAACUUAACUGAUUGUCUCUCC